AUGCUAGAAAAAUUUGACGCCCUUCUGUGUGGUGUUGAUUUAACCGGCAAGAGCUUAAAAAGUUGUCUCUCAAGCGACAACUCAGUUUGUGUGCAGCCUAUAUCUUUUACUGAGAAGGAACUGGAUGGAAUAAGGCCCACAUGCCUUAAAUUGCUGAAGGAUCUUCAACACUCGCUUAAUUUACCUAUUGGAGUAGGCAAAAACUGGGUCCAGCGCUACUGUAUGCGUAAUGCUGUGCUUCUUUUCUGUACUACCUCUAGUUCUUACCGAUUGCAUCAUAUGGAGAUUGAACCCCUUGAUGUGUUAAUUGUCGAUGAGGCUGCACAAGUGCGAGAAUGUGAAUUGGUGAUCCCACUACGUCUGCAUCAGUUGAAACAUGUUGUUUUGCUAGGAGAUGACUGCCAGCUGAAUGCAAAAUGGUUAAAAGCCAGUUAUGCAAGGAAGCUGGAUUCGGAACAAGUCUUUUUCAGAGAUUGGUUAUGCUGA